CAUAUAGUCAAAUAUAUUUUGAAAAUAAAGGUCAAAGUAGGGCGAAUACAGUUGUCAGUGUCGUUUGCGUCCCAGUCCAAAUUCAGUCCACAUUACUCGGUAAACUCAAUCCGAAGCCACUAGAUAUAUAUUUUUUGUAUUAUUUUAUAAGAAAUUUCUUCCAUGAUGAAGCAAUUCGCACUGACAACCUGUAUUCGUCGUAUCUGGAUCAUGUCCGGAUGGCUGCGCCAGGAGGCGGCAAUAGCAGCAGGCAUGUUGGUGGUGCAGCGAGAUCAGGUCGAACUGAGGGAGCAGAAGGAGGAGCUCAAAGUCGGACAGCUGGCUGCACCCAGUGGCGGCGACGUGGGUGUCGACUCGCAAGGAAAACUCCGGCGUGUGCGGCUGCUAGACGACUACAUCCUGCCCUUUGAAUGCGGUAUUUGA